AUGAGCGCCCGCACUGAAUCGGGGCUUCCAAGCAAGCCGAACCUUCGCGUCACCAUCAUUGCCGCGGAUGGCCUAUACAAGAGAGAUGUUUUUAGAUUUCCCGAUCCCUUCGCCGUGGCGACCAUCAAUGGCGAACAAACCAAGACCACCACCGUCAGCAAGCGGACGCUGAACCCAUACUGGAACGAAAGUUUUGACUUUCGAGCAAAUGAGGGCAGCAUCUUGGCAGUCCAAGUAUUCGAUCAGAAGAAGUUCAAAAAGAAGGACCAAGGGUUCCUUGGUGUCAUCAAUAUCAGGGUUGGAGAUGUCAUACCGGAUCUUGGCCCCGACUCUGACGACCAGAUGCUCACGAGAGAUCUCAAAAAGUCGACCGAUAAUCUCGUCGUUCACGGAAAACUCAUCAUCAACCUCUCAUGUAACCUGAGCACUCCAGCACGUGGCGGACAGGCAUCCAGCAGUCGACCUGCCCUAACCGUUCCCGGUGCAUCCAGCUCGUCUGCACUAUCUGCACCUGAUGGGAGACCUAGCUCAUCCAUGUCAAACCAGAAUGGUAUUCCUCCUGGUCCUCAGCUGACUUUGCCCCAUCAUCCGCCUCUUGUCAGCUCAAAUUCUACACCUGCUCCAGCUGUCAACGGCUCGAGUUCGUCACGGCCGACCAGCCAAUUGAGUCCUUUUGAGGACAACCAAGGUCGACUUCCAGCUGGCUGGGAAAGACGAGAAGAUAACCUAGGACGAACAUACUACGUCGACCACAACACACGCACAACUAGCUGGAAUCGCCCGACUGCCAAUGGCGGCGCCGAGACCCGAGAACGGGAAGCCGCUACAGCAGUCGAACGACAGCGGCAUCAGAAUCGUACUCUGCCCGAAGACAGGACAGGCACCAGCUCGCCGACUCCGUCGCAGCAGCAGCAGGGUGGUUCUCAGCCAGGAGGCGGUAGUCCGACUGGCCCUAGCAGCCCUUCCAAUGCCAACGCCAACACAACGGUCAUGCACACCGGUGCCACCAGUCCUGGCACGGGAGAACUACCACCAGGAUGGGAACAAAGAUGGACGCCUGAGGGCCGUCCCUAUUUCGUUGACCACAAUACCAGAACAACCACUUGGGUUGACCCGCGUCGUCAGCAGUAUAUUCGAAUGUAUGGCGGCCAAAACAAUACGAAUGGUCAAAUUCAACAGCAACCCGUGUCACAGCUGGGUCCCCUGCCAAGCGGAUGGGAAAUGCGACUCACUAACACGGCUCGCGUGUACUUUGUCGACCAUAACACCAAGACGACCACGUGGGAUGAUCCCCGUCUGCCUUCAUCCCUGGAUCAAAACGUACCUCAAUAUAAGCGAGACUUCAGACGCAAGCUCAUCUAUUUCCGAUCUCAACCCGCUAUGCGCAUCCUCAGUGGUCAAUGCCACAUCAAAGUCCGUCGCGAGCACAUUUUCGAGGAUUCUUUUGCUGAGAUUACACGUCAAUCCGCCACGGACUUGAAGAAACGAUUGAUGAUCAAGUUUGACGGAGAAGAUGGUUUGGAUUACGGUGGUCUGUCUCGAGAGUUCUUCUUCCUGUUGUCUCACGAGAUGUUUAACCCAUUCUACUGCCUUUUCGAAUACUCUGCGCACGAUAAUUACACUCUGCAGAUUAACCCCCACUCCGGCAUCAACCCCGAGCACUUGAACUAUUUCAAGUUCAUUGGACGUGUGGUUGGCUUGGCCAUUUUCCAUCGGCGGUUUUUGGAUGCCUUCUUUAUUGGGGCGCUCUACAAGAUGGUUCUGGGCAAGGCUGUCGCCCUUGCUGACAUGGAAGGUGUUGAUGCUGAUUUCCAUCGGUCUCUACAGUGGAUGCUGGACAACGACAUUUCUGGCGGAAUUUUGGAGCAGACUUUUUCUACUGAAGACGAACGAUUUGGUGUCAUGACGACCGAGGAUUUGAUCCCCAACGGCCGAAAUAUCGAGGUCACCAACGAAAACAAGAAGGAGUAUGUUGAUCUCAUGGUGAAAUGGCGUAUUGAGAAGCGUAUUGCGGAGCAGUUCCAAGCAUUCAAGGAGGGCUUCCACGAGCUCAUUCCUCAGGAUCUCAUCAAUGUGUUUGACGAACGUGAACUCGAGUUGCUUAUUGGUGGCAUUGCUGAGAUUGAUGUGGACGACUGGAAGAAGCACACGGAUUACAGGGGAUACACUGAGUCGGAUGAGGUUAUCCAGAACUUCUGGCAGACAGUUCGAUCAUGGGAUGGGGAACAAAAGUCGCGUCUCCUGCAGUUCACCACGGGAACUUCUCGCAUUCCCGUCAACGGCUUCAAAGAUCUUCAGGGAAGUGAUGGUCCCAGGCGAUUCACCAUUGAGAAAACAGGAGAGCUCACCAACCUACCUAAAGCACACACUUGCUUCAACCGUAUCGACUUGCCUCCUUAUAAAACACUGGAGACGUUGCAACAGAAGCUGACGAUAGCUGUGGAGGAGACAAUGGGAUUUGGCCAAGAGUAA